UUAAAACAACAACACCAACAACAACAACAACAACAUAUAUAUAUUAUUUUAAAUAAACACAAAGCUUGCAUGGACUUGACCACUGGUGGAAAGAUCAAAAGCGUUGCAUCAAAAAACAGAUAAUACAUUACAAAAGUUAAAAAAAUACAUAUGUAUUGAAUAAAGUGCAGUAUAUAAAUACAGCACACACAUACACCAGUACUAUAUGUGCUUAAACCGUAAUGCACCACAAUUGUGAAUUAAAUGCGAAAGAAUUAAGUUUCGGAUUGGCGCUUUUCGCUGUUAUUACGGUAAUUGUGAGGCAGCCAAUGGUCUCGUUAGCUUAGCCGAAAAGCUAGCCAUGCACUGUUCGCUGCGUAGCUCGAUUAAAACAACUGCAGCAAAGCGUUAUAUGUUACUCUAUCAUCUCGUAGCAUGAUUAAAAAAAAAACAUGUAUAUUUCGAAAAUAGCUUCAGUUUUGCGCUUGAAACAAGGUUCGCUGCGAAGAGGUAGCAACAUGUUAACUACCGAGCUAAUGUAGCACGCUUGUCAAGUGGAAUAUAAACAUUUAUAAACAUUUUGGUGCCAACAUGGCGGACUCGCCGCCGCUGUCGGGGGUUAAUGUUGUUCUGGUGAUGGCGUAUGGCAGCUUGGUCUUCGUGCUGCUGUUCAUCUUCGUCAAAAGGCAAAUUAUGCGUUUCGCCAUGAGAUCCCGCCGCGGCCCGCACGCACCCAUCGGCCACAAUGCUCCAAAGGGUCUACGGGAGCAGAUCGACUCCCGGUUGUCUAAAGUCCACGAGAUCCGGUUCGAACCUCGUCUCCUGCCCGAAGAUGAUGCCAGGCUCAGGCGUGGAUCUCAGCUCAGUUGCUAUAACUACCUGUACAGAAUGAAAGCUCUGGAUGCCAUUCGGGACUCAGGCAUCCCCUUGGAGGAGAUGUGCAGCGGUCCCAACGCCUUCACGGGCCGAAGCUUCCAGAGCUGGCUGCUGGAGCUGCGCAACUCGCACUCACUGAUCAAGAGCAGCCACGGGGCGCUCAUCGACCGUCUGCUGGAGGGCUACGACAACGCCCGCCACGGCACUGGGGUGUUUGGAGAAGCGGAAUUUCUGGAAUACCAACAGGCGCUCAACGAAUUAGCAAAUGUCGUGAAGGCAUACUGGAGCACCAGCAGCGUGGAGCAGCAGCACCAGUCUGCAGCCAAGGACCUGACUGGUUCUCCGGCCCGCUACGCUCCAUCCACCAUCCAGGUGACCUACCUGCCGUCGACCGGCCCGCGCAGCAAGAGGCCCAAACACUUCCUGGAGCUGAAAAGUUUCAAAGACAACUACAACACGCUGGAGAGCACUUUAUGACUGAACUGUGUUUUGUUGUGUUAAAAGUUUUUGGAGUGAUAUUUUUGUAAAUAGGAUAUUUAUUUGCGAGUCACCUCAGAUUAAAAUGUUGACUUGUACAAAUGUUUAUUUCAGUUUCUUCAACGAAUUCAAGUGAGAGUCAGCCAUGAUGUCUUUCCGUCCACUAGAUGGCACUGCUUGGUAGCCAAAAGGCUUGUGGUGUUGGGUCUUUAAAUACGAAAUAAUGUACAGGUAUUUUUGUUAUUUGAAAGGUACCUUGAAUAUACAAUUUUGUUCCCUCAAAAAAUAAGAAUUGUUGUAGUAUCACAAUCUUUUUAUAUAUAUAAAAAAAGUGACUUUUUUAAAAGAUUUUUUCUAACUAAUGGCUUUUCUUGUAGAAAAAAAAACCAAACUACCAGUUUGUUAAAGGAAUGACUUGUUUUCUAAACAAACAUGAUUGUUUUUCUUGAGGAAAAAAAGUGACUUACCUCAUUACUACUUUAUUUUCGGGAAGAAAAAAAACUUUAGUAGGAUUCAGAAAAGGGUGGGGGGAAAUGAGACUUUUUUCGAGUAAAAUGUCAUGUCAAAAAAGUGUCUGGUUAAAAAAAAUUAUAAUUUGAUCUCCAAAUAUUACUUAAUUUCUUGGGGUGGAAGACUUCUCUAAAAAGAAAAAAAUAGCCUCAUUGGAUUCCAACUUUAUUUCUUAAAGAUUUUAAAAAAACAAAUUAAAAAAAAAGACUUCAUUCUUACAGGAUUACACCUUUAUUUUCACAUAAUUACUUUUUGUUUUGUUUACAGUGUGCUCUCCUAACACUUGAAAUUUCUGAGUCAUUGAAAUUCAGUUGUGCCUCAGUUCAGUUCACAAGAUGGCUAAACUAGCAAGUGUUGGCCUUUAAAUAAAAUCUAUUCACUGAUUUAGGACACAAACAGAGUGCACUUUAGUGUAUAUCUAUAUCUAAGUUUUAAGUUCACAUUCAAUACAACGCAACUGGAUUACACGGUCAUAUCUGUACAGACGUUAUACGUGCACUUGAUUCAGUGUUGGCAAAAAACAGCGAGUUGAUUAUCAGCAGUGAGAUG